AAAACAACUCUACAACUUGACCAACUGCCAUCUGUAGUUUCCACAGUUCAAUGAUAAGCAUACUUCUAUUCACCUCCCUCCCAGCAAUGGCACUUGGGCCCAUAUUCAAAAAAACAUUCCAGGGUGGGACUGCUGAUCUAGAAUUAGUUUUGCCUGUUAAAUCAUAAUGAAUAACAGAUACUAGAUCAGCACUCCCACCAAAGUCACACUGCCUCUUGAAGGAGAAUGGCCACAGAUUGUUGUUCAUAGGCAGAUUAACAUCUUGCUCUAAAGCGCACUGGACGAGUGGUCCUCUGUAGCUCAGUUGGUAGAGCAUGGUGCUUGCAACGCCAGGAUAGUGGUUUCAAUUCCUGGGUCCACAUGUAUGUAAAAUAUAUGCACGCAUGACUGUAAGUCGCUUUGGCAUAUACACUGAGUAUACCAAACACUAGGAACACCCUCCUAAUAUUUAGUUGCAACCCCCCCUGCUUUUUCCCUGAGAACAGCCUCAAUUCGUCAGGGCAUGGACUCCACAAUGUGUUGAAAGCAUUCCACAAAGAUGCUGGCCCAUGUUGACUCCAAAUGCUUCCCACAGUUUUGUAGUUUUUUUUUAAGGAGUGGAUCAGCUUAAUAUUGUGGAAAGAUUGUUGCUUCCAUCAAUGUAAUUGUCUGCAUCAUUUCCAAUCCCCCAUAUCUUUUUUGGGGUAAAUAUAUAUAUACAUACACAUAUGCAUACAUAUAUAAAUACACAUACCUACAGUUGAUGUCAGAAGUUUACAUACACUUAUGUUGGAGUCAUUAAAACUAGUUUUUCAACCACUCCACAAAUUUCUUGUUAACAAACUAUAGUUACGGCAUGUAAGUUAGGACAUCUACUCUGUGCAUGACACAAGUAAUAUUUCCAACAAUUGUUUACAGACAGAUUAUUUCACUUAUAAUUCACUGAAUCACAAUUCCAGUGGGUCAGAAGUUUACAUACACUAAGUUGACUGUGCCUUCAAACAGCAUGGAAAAUUCCAGAAAAUGGCUUUAGAAGCUUCUGAUAGGCUAAUUGACAUCAUUUGAGUCAAUUGGAGGUGUACCUGUGGAUGUAUUUCAAGGUCUACCUUCAAGCUCAGUGCCUCUUUGCUUGACAUCAUGGGAAAAUCAAAAGAAAUCAGCCAAGACCUCAGAAAAAAAUUGUAGACCUCCACAAGUCUGGUUCAUCCCUGGGAGCAAUUUCCAAAUGCCUGAAGGUACCACGUUCAUCUGUACAAACAAUAGUACGCAAGUAUAAACACCAUGGGACCAAGUAGCCUUCAUACUGCUCAGGAAGGAGACACGUUCUGUCUCCUAGAGUUUAAUGUACUUUGGUGUGAAAAGUGCAAAUCAAUCCCAGAACAACAGCAAAGGACCUUGUGAAGAUGCUGGAGGGAACAGGUACAAAAGUAUCUAUAUCCACAGUAAAACGAGUCCUAUAUCGACAUAGCCUGAAAGGCCGCUCAGCAUGGAAGAAGCUACUGCUCCAAAACCGCCAUAAAAAAAGCCAGACUACGGUUUGCAACUGCACAUGGGGACAAAGAUCGUACUUUUUGGAGAAAUGUCCUCUGGUCUGAUGAAACAAAAAUAGAACUGUUUGGCCAUAAUGACCAUUGUUAUGUUUGGAGGAAAAAUGGGGAUGCUUGCAAGCUGAAGAACACCAUCCCAACCGUGAAGCAGAGGGGUGGGAGCAUCAUGUUGUGGAGGUGACUUGCUGCAGGAGGGACUGGUGCACUUCACAAAAUAGAUGGCAUCAUGAGGAAGUAAAAUCAUGUGUAUAUAUUGAAGCAACAUCUCAAGACAUCAGUCAGGAAGUUAAAGCUUGGUCGCAAAUGGGUCUUCCAAAUGGACAGUGACCUCAAGCAUACUUCCAAAGUUGUGGCAAAAGGCUUAAGGACAAGAAAGUCUAGGUAUUGGAGUGGCCAUCACAAAGCUUGGACCUCAAUCCCAUAGAACAUUUGUGGGUAGAACUGAAAAAACGUGUGUGAGCAAGGAGGCCUAUAAACCUGACUCAGUUGCACCAGCUCUGUCAGGAGGAAUGGUACAACAUUCACCCAACUUAUUGUGGGAAGCUUGUUGAAGUCUACCCGAAACGUUUGACCCAAGUUGAACAAUUUAAAUGCAAUUCUACCAAAUACUAAUUGAGUGUAUGUAAAUUUCUGAUCCACUGAGAAUGUGAUGAAAGAAAUAAAAGCUGAAAUAAAUAAUUAUCUCUAGUGUUAUUCUGACAUUUCACAUUCUUAAAAUGAAGUGAUGAUCCUAACUGACCUAAAACAGGGAAUUUCUAAAUCAAAUCAAAUGUUAUUUGUCACAUACACAUGGUUAGCAGAUGUUAAUGCGAGUGUAGCGAAAUGCUUGUGCUUCUAGUUCCGACAAUGCAGUAAUAACCAACAAGUAAUCUAACUAACAAUUCCAAAACUACUGUCUUAUACACACAUGUGUAAGGAGAUAAAGAAUAUGUACAUAAAGAUAUAUGAAUGAGUGAUGGUACAGAGCAGCAUAGGCAAGAUACAGUAGAUGGUAUCGAGUACAGUAUAUACAUAUGAGUUGAGUAUGUAAACAAAGUGGCAUAGUUAAAGUGGCUAGUGAUACAUGUAUUACAUAAAGAUGCAGUAGAUGAUAUAGAGUACAGUAUAUACGUAUACAUAUGAGAUGAAUAAUGUAGGGUAUGUAAACAUUAUAUUAGGUAGCAUUGUUUAAAGUGGCUAGUGAUAUAUUUUACAUCAUUUCCCAUCAAUUCCCAUUAUUAAAGUGGCUGGAGUUGAGUCAGUGUGUUGGCAGCAGCCACUCCACUUCUACUAGAAUUACAUGUCAGGAAUUGUCAAAAACUGAGUUUAAAUAUAUUUAAAUGUAUGUAAACUAUGUAAACUUCCGACUGUAUAUAGAUAUACAUAUAUAUUUUUAGAAUAUACCUUUAUAUUCCCCGCAAACCCUACCACCCUUCUCCUAAUUGGAGUAAACUAAUAAACAAUAACACUUAGGCUUCUCAGUUUAUACAUCUUAUACACAUUUUGCAGACACAAUCUAUUUUACAAUAGAUAUUUUGUUUGUUUUUAGUCCUUCCCCUAUUUCUAUUUGUAACUGCUAUUCACCAAAUUUCUGAACCUAUAUACAUUUUAAAGACCCCGUAUGUUUUACAUUGGUUAGUCCCACCAUUCAGCUCCAUUCAACCCCUCCCAUCUUUAACCUGGUCAGUCUAUGUCACGGAAAGAGCAGGUGUCCUUAGUGUUUUGUACACAGUGCAUUAUAUUCUUAUAUUACUAGUCUACGGCCAUGUAUGUUCUACUCUGUUCUCCAGGUGUCUGUCUGUGCUGUAGUGAGAGUUGUAAUAAGUAUUUCUACCACAAUGUAGUGCCUGUGAGGCAGCCCAGGACUGGUAUUGAGGAGAGUAGGAAAUUGUCCUGGCUUCUGUGUGCUGUAACGUGCGUUUCUACCACAUAGUGUUGGAGCUGAUGUUGGAGAGUAGGAGAUAGAUGGUAGCGAGCUAUGGGUUGGAUGGUAGAGAGAGGGGCUGUGGAUUGGUUAGUUGUGUUGGUGUCAGCAGUCUGAAGCAGAGAGGUGAUAGAAGAUAAAUUCCCCACUCUUGCAGGUUUUAACCCCGUCCUCUGUAAAACAGGCUUACACCCACAAUAGAAUGCUUACCAAUGCAGAACUGGCCGGGAGAGAGGCAGAAUGCAUAGACCACAAAAGAGAUACAGCAUCCCACCACCCAACAAGUUCAUUCUGAGUCUGGUUUGUCCUUGCCAUACCAAUAUCUACAGGCCAGGCAGAAAACAGCUUUUAAUAUUGAGGAUAGAUUGUAGCUUCCAUCAAUGUAAUUUUCUGCAUCAUUUCCAAUCCCCCAUAUAUUUUUGGCUAAAUAUAUAUAUUAGAUUUUUUUUUAAAUCAUUUUUAUUUUCAUUUCCCCUAACCCUACCACCCCUCCCCUAAUUGGAGUAAACGAAUGGACAACAACACUUACUGUAGGCUUCUACUUACAGCUUAUGCACAUUAUACGGGCACAAUGUAUUUUACAAUAGUUAACUUUUCUUUGUUUUCAAUCCCAUCCUUCAGCUCCCCUCAACCCCUCCCAUCUAUCUUCUAUUUGACGUAUAUUUUUAACUGUGCUGUUUCAACAAAGUUCUGAACCUGUAUACAUUUUCCGGACACAGUAUAUUUUACAUGAGUUAUCUAGUUGUUUUUAGCCCCACCCUUCAGCUCCACUCAGCUCCUCCCAUCUAUCUCUGAACACCGUCCAGUUUUGUUUCCUAUUUGCCAUAUAUUUUUCAACUGUGCUGUGAAGUUUCACAAAGGUUUUGAACCUUUCUGUUCUCAUUGUUUCUACAGAUUGUAAACUAAAGAUGAACAUUUUAGCUAAACGUAUUACUAUAUUAUUGAUCGAUUUGACUAUGACUUUUCAAACCACCCAGCAGUGCUAUCUGCAGAGUUAUCUCCAGGUAAAUGUUGCAAUUCUUCAGCCAUUCCUGCCACCAAAAACAAGCCACAUAGGGACAGCACCAAAACAAAUGAUCUAAUGACUCUCUCUGCUUGGUUUUAACAAAUGUGAUCGUCUCAGACUUGGAGAUAAUACAGAAUUGAGUGUUCUUCGUUUACUUCAGUUGUUUGCCAACUCACGAAAAUAUUGUGAUAGCAUCCAACGUGCUCAACUGAAUUUCCUUCAUUUCUCCAGAGGUGACUUGGAAAUUACAUUUAAGUGUUCAGCUGACUGGCAUGAGAGAAUAGCUUAGAGUUACACUGAUCUUACCAUAAAAUAAAACAUCCCUUUCCCUUUGAAUACACAUGGUCAUUUAUAUCAUACAUGGCUCACCCAAAAUCAAUGUAUUCUUAGUUCCAUGGGGCUGUAUUAUAAACAAUCCUGUAAGGGGUAGGCUACAUAGUGCAUAUAGGGAUCGGAUAGAAAGAGUAGGCUAAAUGACCAGCUAUUGCUCCACCAUGGAUAAGGGAAGCUCUUAUACAUUCGACAGCAGGCGCAGCAAGACAAAAACAGAUCGUGGAAAGCGACAGAAUCUGUUACUGCCAGCGUUUUGUUUCUCCAGCGUAUGAAAGGACGUGAGGGGAAAAGCCCCUGACCACAGCACUAUGCUUUCACGGCUCAGUCCAUCCGCCCCUCUGGCGGGCUAGCCUGGUCAGCGUGAUGCUGGAUGCUCCAGUGCAGAAGCUCAAUGCCAAACCUUCUGCUGCCCCCCCCCUCCAAACACGGGUUUAUCUGCAGCUUUAUCUGUCCUGAGCCCAAACAUCUCCUCUCAGUCACCAUAUACAAUGUAAAAGUCUGCCUAAUCAAUUCUGGGGCUGCGUAGAACCAACUUGCAUUGCACUGCACACAUCCUGAAUACUAUGGAGAGCACUACAUAUGGAGAAUAAAGUAUUGCAUGUAUUGCAAUGAAUGUAAUGAUCAUUCACUAGGAGUUUUAAUUGAAGUGUUUAAUAGAGUGGAUGUGUGAGAAUGAGAAUAGUUGAGUAUGUGGGACAAAAGGACCUAAUCAAAAGAGUAUUGAGAAAGGCCGAUUGAUAGUGAGGGAUUCCUCUGGGUGCAGUGUGCUACUCGGCAUGCUGCCAAUUGAGGGGGUUAAACAGAACAUGACACAUGAUUACAGGUUGAAGUCCUGUCACUAGUUCAAGCCAGUGUUAGAGAUCUACUUUGGAAAAGGCUGACAGUUGAGAACAACAUUGUAGAGGCAAAUCUGUUUUUUUAAUAUGAGUAUAGUUUAUAUCACUGAUUUGCAUUGACGUAAAGCAACACAUUAUAAAUCCUCAGUAAUUAAAGAAUAUUGUCAGAGUUACAUUGAUAUUGUCAUAACAGACAGUAACUCGGCCCAUCUUUCACGUCAUAAUGAGAUAACAGUACUACUCCUCUCUGUGUCCAUAGGAGUUGCAUGCAUAACAACACAUAUGAUUUCAGUCUUUCUAUUGGCAGCAGUAUGGGGCCUCACCUGCUCUAUGGUGUUAUGAAUACUGGGAUUGUUCUCUGGCGUCUGUCAGCACUUGAAGAAUGUUGAGAAAGGAAGACCAGACCUUUUUUUUUACCCCACGUGGAGAGAUGAGAUGGGCCAAAUGGGACUCUGGAAAGGCUAACCAGGCACGGCCAGACCCAUAUGUUUAGCCCAGGUCUUAUAUUUGUCUGAAGCAAUCCACUACUGGUUGUAGCAGAAGGUCAAUAAACCAUUUAUCUUGCCUUCCUGUCCUCAACUAACAUCUAACAUUAACAACAUCAUCAUUUAUGAAUCCCACUGAAAAUAAUGAUUCCUGUUCAAUAUGAAUUUCCUGAGUUGACACAUGAUCAAAAGUAAUAUGUCUAUAAAAACCUAAUGUAUUUGAAUGUAUCUUUUCUAAAAUAUCCCCUUUAAACCUUUCAGCUGUGUCCUUCUCUACAUGUCCCCUGGGCAAUAUGAAGCUCAUAGUUAGGGUGAUGAACCCUGGCAUGGGCACUGGGCAGAGAGAGGUCAGGGUGUUAGAAGGGUUAAGUAUUUUUGUUUUGAUUUGUUGUAUUGUGUGGUGGCCCUUCCCAGCCCCCUCCCCUGGGGUCUGUGGCCCUGGGGCCGUUAUAAAUAGUCCCGUGGGCUCCCCCUGCUCUGACAGUGAGGCUAAAUGUCUGCAGGACAUGCUCAACCUUUGUCUAUCAAUGUUCCUCUACUAACCACCAGCAGGGUUGGCAUAUAGAGACCAACGCUCCGCUCCACACAGACAGGACACAGGUCUCUAUGACUAGACUAGACAGAAAGCGACGUUGUAGGUCAUUGGAAGUCAGUAAAGUUAGUGACUCCUAGAGAGUUGCAUGUGGAACUGUUGUUUAAGUGCGGAAGCAUCUUUAGGUUUAGAGAGGCACUUUAUGCUUUUAAGUUUGCUGUCUUGUUUUUUGUUUAUACUACCUUGAAGGCAUCACUGAGAUAGUCAUUAUUGAUACGGUAAACAGAGAUUGGUGACUCAAAAGGAGAAUACACAUUUUCUCCUGUUUUUCCUCUUUUCAUCCCUCCAUUGCUUUGGGGUCGCCUCUUGACUUUUUGGCCACAAUGUGGGAGUUCCGGUCCAUGUCGUUCUGGCGGGCAGUGUUUGCCGAGUUCUAUGGCACCAUGUUCUUUGUGUUCUUUGGUCUGGGGGCGGCUUUGCGCUGGACCACCGGGCCCCACAACGUUCUCCAUGUGGCCUUUUGCUUCGGCCUGGCCGCUGCCACCCUCAUCCAGUCCAUCGGUCACAUCAGCGGGGGACACAUCAACCCGGCCGUCACCUUCGCCUACCUGAUUGGCUCCCAGAUGUCCCUGUUCCGCGCCUUUUUCUACAUUGUGGCCCAGUGUCUGGGGGCGCUGGCUGGGGCCGCCGUGCUCUAUGGGGUCACCCCCAACAACAUGAGGGGAAACCUGGCACUCAACACGCUGCAGCCAGGUAUCAGCCUGGGCAUGGCCACCACCAUGGAGGUGUUCCUCACUCUGCAGCUGGUUGUCUGCAUCUUCGCUGUGACAGAUGAGAGGCGUAAUGGACGCCUGGGCUCUGCCGCCCUAGCCAUCGGCUUCUCUGUCCUCAUAGGACACCUGCUGGGGAUGUACUACACUGGUACUGGAAUGAACCCUGCCAGGUCCUUCGCCCCCGCUGUCCUGGUCAGAAACUUUGUCAACCACUGGGUGUACUGGGUGGGUCCGAUGAUUGGUGGUGCUAUGGGAGCUAUUAUCUAUGAUUUCAUGCUGUUUCCCCGCAUGCGCGGUCUCUCUGAGAGGAUGGCCAUACUGAAGGGCACCAGGCCCCCAGAGGCUGAGAGCCAGCAGGACACCCGAGGAGAGGCCAUUGAGCUCAAGACUCAGGCCCUAUAAGCCUAGUGGAAGAAGGUUGGCUUUUUGAACCCCCUAUCCCCCUAUUCUGUACCCAAACUCCCUCCGAACCCUCAACCCCACCCAACACACACGCACACACAUACCUCUUCCCCCCCUUCCCAUUUAACUCACCCACACACAUAGUACAUAUGGACCAUAGACACAAACCCUCCUCACCCUCACAACAAUUCCACCUUCCUCACCAUCCUCAUUCUCACUCUGCUGUUCCAGAAACAGCCCUAACCACCCUCCAACACUCCACCACUGACCCUCACCCAUACCUCCCCCCUUGGACUGCAGGAUAAAGAUGUAGGGUAAGAAGAGGACUUAGUUGCCACUGAAGAAAGCACCCUGCUGUGGCCUGUGGUGUAGGGAAUGGGUCACUCCUGGCUGACCAGGUGGCUAUAACUGCUCAGGACAGGGGCAUCUCUCUCUCUCUCUCUCUCUCUCUCUCGCGCACGUUUGUAGUCUGCUAGGAGUGAAGCUACAGUAGAGCAGUGGACUUCUGCAUGCUUUUUAAUUUUUUUCAUCCAGUUUGAAUCUCUCCCUUGUGUUUUUUUUGUUUUUGUUUCAUGAAACUUCGGGAACCUGACAUGUAUGUUAUAUUAUACCUUUAAAGAAUUUAUGAGGAUUUUAUUCGACUCAAAUUCCAUUUUCAAGUCUCGCGUGUGUUGUGUGUGCGUGUGUGUGCCUGUUUUAGCAAACCAUUUUUAUUCUGGCCUUUUUUCAUUACCACAAUUCCUUUGUUCGUUAUCAUGCUUUGUUGUUUUAUUCAUCACGCUGUAGCCUAUUCUAAGGGAAAGAAGCAUCCUUUGCCCCCCCCCCUCCUUCAUUGAUUUUGUUACAGUAAAGUUCUGUUUCACUAGUAGUUUUACAGACAACAUGUUUAGAGUGCAAAGCCCUUCAAUUUUUGUGUUGAAGUUAAAUUGUGCUGAGUCUGUGUCUCUUCAAGGGGAGCACAAACACAGUCAGAUUUAUAUCAGAAUAAACACACAACACACAAAAUUGAACAGGUCUUUUGUUAACUCAAUCUCUAUUUCAACACAUCUUGAAAGGGAAAGGGGGAUACCUAGUCAGUUGUACAACUGAAUGUAUUCAACUGAAAUGUGUCUUCCACCUUUUAACCCAACCCCUUUGAGUCAGAGUGGUGCGGGGGGUUGCCUUAAUUGUCAUCGGUGCCCGGGGAACAGUGGGUUAACUGCCUUGCUCAAGGGCAGAAUGACAGAUUUUUACCUUGUCAGCUCGAGGAUUUGAUCAAGAAACCUUUCGGUUACUGGCGCAAGUCUCCUACUGCAAAGCUACCAAAUUGUACAUUAUUAUACAUUUUUUUACUACAAAAUUCCACUUCUUUGACCUGUUGGCUCUCAUUGACUUCGAUACAGCCAUGUUAAGUGCCUAAGAAGAUAAAAGGGUUUUUACUGUAUGCAGUUCAGUACCAGUAUUGUCUGUACCAGACUGUUACGUUUUACUCCGUUUCUGGAAUGCCUUUUUUUUUUCAUUAAAGCUUGUGCCCUUAGAGCGGAUUUAUGUACAGAGGUGUGACAGCUGGAUUGGCUUUCAUUUUGUGUCAUUUUAUGUAAUAACAACAAUGACAAAAAACCUGA